CAAUGUUGUCAUCCGCAAUUGCAACCGUUUCAUUCAUGCGGCUUUCCCGCUGACCAUAUAUGUACAUGUCCGGCGUCUCUACCACGGCAAGGCUCACGGAUCUCGCCAUGCGCUUGCAAGACCCGUCUUCUGUUAUCCGUCUGGUCAAGUGGAAGAUGCCUUUGUUAGAUGUGCUUUUGCAAGGCUACACUCUUGCGCUUCUACUGCGGGGUUGCAGCCUUAGUCUCCCUUACCCAUGCCAAGGUUUUGACAAGUAACGCCUCCGACCUUGCACCUGUGACCUCGCGGAGAUACCGCCUCUGCACAUUUAACCUGUGCAUAGAGUUUGCAGUCGUGCGAUUAGACAACGCUCGCAACAUAAGCUCGGAUCAUCCAUUGGACGUCCCAAUUGACGCAAUAGUCUUGAACAACGCUGUAUUGACUUUGAUGCACAACACGAAUCCGAUCGACAGUGAGCAUUGGACGCUGGGAGCAUGAUAAGGAGCGGUGAUGUUCAGGGCCUAACGCGGCAAGUGCUAAUCAUAAAACAUUUGCGGUUUUCGCUGCCAUACGACACGCAG